CUCUGAUGAGAGCUCAGACGUGGUAACACUCCUGGUUCCCUGUCCCCGUAGGAGGUGGUGUGAGCGCUGCUUGCUGCCUCCCCUCCAUUCCGCGCAGCUAUUGGAUUUCCCACCCAGAACCUUGAGGUAAAUGAGAUCAUGAUUCUGGAAGGAAGUGGUGUAAUGAAUCUCAACCCCAGCAACAACCUCCUCCACCAGCAGCCGGUCUGGACAGACAGCUACCCCACGUGCAAUGUUUCCAGCGGGUUUUUUGGAGGCCAGUGGCAUGAAAUCCAUCCUCAGUACUGGACCAAGUACCAGGUGUGGGAGUGGCUCCAGCACCUCCUGGACACCAACCAGCUGGACGCCAGCUGCAUCCCUUUCCAGGAGUUUGACAUCAACGGCGAGCACCUCUGCAGCAUGAGUCUGCAGGAGUUCACCCGGGCGGCGGGGACAGCGGGGCAGCUCCUCUACAGUAACUUGCAGCAUCUCAAGUGGAACGGCCAGUGCAGCAGUGACCUGUUCCAGUCCACACACAAUGUCAUUGUCAAGACCGAACAAACCGACCCUUCCAUCAUGAACACCUGGAAAGAAGAAAACUAUUUAUAUGACGCCAACUAUGGUAGCACAGUAGAUUUGUUGGACAGCAAAACUUUCUGCCGGGCCCAGAUCUCCAUGACAACCACCGGUCACCUUCCCAUUGCAGAGUCACCUGAUAUGAAAAAGGAGCAAGACCACCCUACAAAGCCCCACACCAAAAAGCACAAUCCGCGAGGGACUCAUUUAUGGGAAUUUAUCCGUGACAUCCUCCUGAACCCAGACAAGAAUCCAGGGUUAAUCAAGUGGGAAGACCGGUCAGAGGGCAUCUUCAGGUUCUUGAAAUCAGAGGCUGUGGCCCAGCUAUGGGGGAAAAAGAAAAACAACAGCAGCAUGACCUACGAGAAACUCAGCCGAGCCAUGAGAUAUUACUACAAAAGAGAAAUUCUGGAACGUGUGGAUGGACGAAGACUGGUAUAUAAAUUUGGGAAGAAUGCACGUGGAUGGAGGGAAAAUGAAAACUAAAGCUGUUGACACCUUGAACACAAACCUAAAGACAGCCCAAAUGUUGACCAACCAAGAAGUCCCCGGACGUAAAUAUUUCAAAGACUACUUUUCUCUGAUAUUUAUGUACCAUGAGGGGGAAAAAUACAUCUACUUCUAACAGGAAGAAGGAACAUGACAGUUGAUAAAAUUAUUUUGUUACUUUGAAGUGUGUCCUAUAUGGGGAACAAAGGUACACAGUUUUCUGUGAACUGACGUUAUGUGUGGUUGUGAUUUGUUUUUGCCUCUAUUGUGAAGUUGUUUUCCACUGCGAGAAGAACAGAGUCUGUAACCUUGUGCUUCUUGCUAAG